AUGCAUGCAGCGAUCGGUCAUGAUUCGGCUGAUGGAAUGCAUUCAAUAUUCUUAUCUCCUCAAGAUGAGUUUUCUCUCCUUCCCUUUGUAGCUUUGUCUGCAGUUCUAUUUUCCCUUCGUGUUUGUCCAAUUCUGUUCGGAGAAAAUAUGGUUUACUGUGGCUACGACUACCACCACCAUCUUGUUCCUUGUCUUCAUUGCCACCCACAUAGCUACAUCAGGAUGGUUCAGCAUCUGAUAGAGAGAUGCUUGCUUCUUCACAUGAACCAAAAUCAAUGCGUCAAGGCAUUGGCACAGUACGCAAGCAUUCGUCCGUGCAUUACAAUCACAGUGUGGAGAGAGCUUGAAAAGGAGAACACGGACUUCUUCGAGCAUAUAUUCAUGCUGUCUCUUCCUUCAGGCCUUUCAUGGGUAAGUGUUAAAGCAUAUGCAGGUAGGUACAUUCAAAGGAAACCGAGUUUUCAAAGGAAGAAACAGUACUGGAAGCGGUGA